GUGUGUUCUGCUUUCUACAGCACAGAAGUGGAUGUACGGUGGUUUGGACAGUAACGUUGUCCUGCAGUAUUUGGCUUGGGUCACGUAUCCUGUGGUUCUCAUCAGUUUCUCUGCAGGCUUCACACACAUAGUAGCACCUCAGGCUGCCGGGUCUGGUAUUCCUGAAAUGAAGACGAUUCUCAGAGGAGUGGUGCUGAAGGAAUAUCUCACACUGAAAACAUUCGUGGCCAAAGUGGUUGGGCUGACCUGCGCGCUGGGCAGUGGUUUGCCUCUGGGCAAGGAGGGUCCGUUUGUGCACAUUGCCAGUUUGUGUGCUGCUCUUCUCUGCAAAUUCAUGUCUUUCUUUGGUGGAAUUUAUGAGAAUGAGUCCAGAAACAUUGAGAUGCUUGCAGCUGCCUGUGCUGUCGGAGUCGGAUGCUGCUUUGCUGCUCCUAUUGGAGGUGUAUUAUUCAGCAUUGAGGUCACCUCCACAUUUUUCGCCGUACGAAACUACUGGCGUGGAUUCUUUGCUGCUACAUUCAGUGCCUUUAUCUUCAGAGUCCUGGCAGUGUGGAACAGGGAUGAAGAGACGAUCACGGCUCUCUUUAAAACACGGUUCAGACUGGACUUCCCUUUUGACCUCCAGGAGCUUCCAGCCUUUGCUGUUAUCGGAAUCGCCAGCGGGUUUGGUGGAGCCUUAUUUGUGUAUUUGAACAGGCUAAUUGUUCAGUUUAUGCGAAAACAGAAAACUAUUAACAAGUUCCUCAUGAAGAAGCGUCUGUUGUAUCCCGCCCUGGUCACACUACUGAUUUCAACGCUUACUUUCCCUCCGGGCUUUGGGCAGUUCAUGGCCGGACAGCUUACACAAAAGGACACCCUGGUUUCAUUUUUUGACAAUCGCACUUGGACAAAGCAAGGAAUCACAGAAGACUUUAAUUAUGACAGUCACUCGGUCGCCUGGAAACACCCGCAGGCUAAUGUCUUUGUGAUCCUCGUCAUCUUCAUCGUUAUGAAGUUCUGGAUGUCUGCUUUAGCCACAACUCUUCCUGUACCUUGUGGAGCCUUCAUGCCUGUUUUUGUCAUUGGUGCUGCAUUUGGCCGUUUGGUGGGUGAAAGUAUGGCCGCGUGGUUUCCAGAGGGCAUUAAUACAGACGGAACCAUCUAUCCCAUAGUGCCUGGAGGAUAUGCUGUAGUGGGAGCGGCAGCAUUAUCCGGAGCGGUCACACACACUGUUUCCACGGCCGUGAUCGUGUUUGAGUUGACUGGACAGAUAAGUCACAUUCUGCCCAUCAUGAUCGCUGUGAUUCUCGCCAACGCUGUCGCUCAGAGUCUUCAGCCAUCCAUCUACGACUCCAUAAUACGCAUUAAGAAGCUGCCUUACCUGCCCGAGCUCGGCUGGGGUCACCACGAGAAGUAUAAUAUCCGUGUGGAGGACAUCAUGGUCAGAAAUGUUCGCUACAUCAAGCUGAACUCCACCUACAGAGACCUUCACGACAUCCUCAUGGCAGGAAACCUCAAAACACUGGCGCUGGUGGAGUCUGCAGAGUCUAUGAUCCUGCUGGGCUCUAUUGAGCGCGCUCAGUUACAGGCCCUCCUAUCGCAGCAUCUCAGUCGUCAGCGGCGGCUGGAGUUCGUACGAGAGCGUGCGGACGCAGAGAGGAAGCGCGUGUCUGUUGUCAGCACGCCCAGCAGCGAGGAGGGGGGUCAAAAGGUCAACCACGAGGUCCGCUUCCAGAUCUCCACAGAAGAGUCGUCGUUCACACCCACCCGUCCCAUCUCUCCUAAACCUCUCAAACCUGCACUGAAGAGGACGUCUAUGGCCGAGAAGAACAUAGAGAUCCCUACAAGUCCUCAUGAUUCUGGCAUUGGCUUAAAGAAUCUGUUGUGUGCUCGACCUCAGACAGAUGCAAUGGAGGAGGAUCCAGACGCAGAGGAUGACAUGACUCUUGGAGAGAUUGAGGAGUGGGAGGAGCAACAGCUUGACGAGCAGGUGAACUUCAACAACUGCAAGAUUGACCCCGCCCCCUUCCAGCUGGUGGAACGCACCUCACUGCACAAGACUCACACCAUCUUCUCUCUGUUGGGUCUGGAUCACGCUUACGUCACCAGUAUCGGACGACUUAUUGGAGUUGUUUCGCUGAGAGAGCUGCGUAAAGCCAUUGAGGGCUCCAUGACGGUGAAGGGCGUGAAAGUGCGCCCCCCUCUGGCCAGCUUCAGAGACAGCGGGACGAGCGGCACGAGCAGUGAAAGCGAAGCCACUGAACUCCACAAACUGUGGGACCGUCACACCAGCCUCGCGCUGCCCAGAGAACACCAACCAAACACCUCCGACUCCGACGACAAGUCCCAGUGACCGCACGAAAACUAUUUAUAGAGACGCAUCCAAAACGGUCUUUUUAUUGGUCGGAUUCUCCACUCGCUUUCAGGUCUUCCUGUCUUUACUUCCUACACUAGAUUUGGAGAAUCAGGGACCAAAUAGACUUGUGCGUGUGCCUGUACAGUGUGUGUGUGUUUAUAUGUGUGUUUGUGAGACAGAUCCAUAUGUUACCUUUCAGUCACUUUUUAAAAAAUGUGAUAACACUUUGCAGUAAGGUUUCAUUUGUUAACAUUAGUUAACUGACAACAGCAAUGCAUUUUCACAGCAUUUAUUAACCUUUGUUAAUGUGACUUCAUCACAGAGCAUUAACUAAUGUUAGCAAAUGAAACCUUCUUGUAAAGUGUUACCAAAAAAAAUGUGAUACACAAGAUCUGUUUGGACGCUUCAUCUGUCGUGUUUCAUGUCUGUGGGCAUUAAAUUCUCCUCUAAAUAAAGAGUGGAUGUGAGCGGUGUAGGCGGAGCGCAGGAGGGGGCAGAGAGAAAGAGUGAUGGAGAGAACGAGACGGAGUGGGAGUGAUUUCUUUUCACUUUUUGAAAACUCUUUUUUGCAGUUGGCCUUUGUUCCUCUUCAAAAGGAGAUUUAGUUUCCGUUUCAAGCCAAAGUGUUUGUAUGUUAUCUGGUCACAAACAGCAAAUCUCACCAACGCAGCAGAAUCAACUCAUUACGGUUUGAUACUGUUAUGUAAGAAUGCGCACUUUUUAUGGGUUUCUGUGUUGAAAAUGACGUUGCCUGCACACUAACGUGCCUUUCUGAAAGAUUUGGCACCAUUUAUCAGCAUGUUUGCACUAUGAAAUCAGUCACAGUCAAAACACAACCAUAACAUUUCAACUGACAAUACUGUUAUUCAUACAAAUUAUGAACAAACUAACGGUGAGAGUUUGUUGUGUGAGAACUUAACAAUAUUUGCUUUGCAAUAACCACUAAUUUUUGAUAUGUUUUGUCCUUCCCACUGUUUUCCAUUGAUCCAGGAGGAUGUAAACGGUUUAGCACUUAAAGCCGCAGGAACCCAUGUGAUUUGUGUUGUGAUAGAUGAGAUCACUAUUUAAUCUGUAUAUGAGAAACCACGUCACAUCUUCCACACGUCACACUGUAAAAUCUCUCUGUCUCUUUCUUUCUCUCUGGCAGAAACUUUUUUAAAAAUGUUUAUGAUGACUGACGGUGAAUUUCACAAAACCUGUCAAGAUCAUGUCCGGCUCAUGUUUAACACCAAAUAUCAAUGUUUUCGGCAAUUGACCAUUAAGAUUUUUUUAGCAUUGUGAGAUUUUUAAAUUGAAUGUCUUUCCUCUACAUUUUUAUUACAAUAUGUUUGGACAUUUUUGUGUUUUUUGUAAUUCUCAGUGAUGAUUUUCAUGUAUAUUCUCAUUAACAAGAAAUAAGUAUUUAUACACUAUAGUUGCAUUUGUCAUUUUUUAAUGUACUUUUUUGUUGUUGUCGUUUUUGUUUUUUUCUAAUGAGAAUUUAAAUGAAAAUCAUCAUUGAUACUAAUGAAAGAUACAAAAACAAAGUACUUCAAAAAGUAAUUACACACUUUUUGUAAUGAGAAUUUAAAUGAAAAUCAUUGAGACUAAUAUAAAAAAGUACAUAAAAAUAACAAAUACAAAUUUCUGUAAUGAGAAUUUAAAUGAAAAUCGUUGAGAGUAAAAAAAAAUACCAAAAAUUGCAUCAAAAAAUACAACUAUUGUGUAUAAUUAUUUUUUUAAUGCAAAAAAAUCUUAAUGGUCCUUAAAGUAGGAUACUUUUUAUUUACGCUAAAUAUUAUAUACUUAAAGCCUUUAUAUAUAAUGCAUUAUAAAAGUAUUUUUAAUGCAUUAAUUAUGCCUUGUAAUGCAUUGUAUGAUCUCAUGAAUAAUUAUAACCACAGUUAUAAUACAUUAUAUCAUUUAUUGAACACACCUGUAGAAAGUAUCAUUUCAGAUCUAACAUGGAAUCUGCAAAUAUAAUGCAUUUUAAUUUUGAUUACAAUUAUUUAUGAGAAGAUAUAAUGCAUUGUAACAUACAUUAUGAAUACAUUUAUAGUGCAUAAAGUUUUAGCAUAUCAUCAUAUUUCUCUUUUAAUGUGACACAGACGUGCUCUUGACAGGUUUUGUCAGAUUCGCCUGCAAACGUAUUCAUGCAUUUCUACGAACAACAGCCGAAUAGAACAAGAAGUGAAAUCUGAGAGUGUUUUAUUCUCUGUCGUAAAUGUCUGUUGUGAUUUAUAAGUGUUUCAUGACUUCACAUUUCAUUAGCUGAUCGUUAAAUUGAAUUUAUUUAAUUCUGAUUCUUAACUGACAGAUUUGACCAAUAAGCUUUAAUCUGUUCGCCGGUGGAGGAGAGGCUUAUUUUUGUGUUGAUUCAUGUAGAUUUACAGAUUUUAAUAUAUUUAUAAUAUCAUGUUAACUUAAAUAUUUUCUUCUUUUUGCCAUUUAUUUGUUCUUUUAUUUUGUCAUUUUUCCUCCUGCUCCUGUUGUGUGACGCAAAGCUGCAAAAUUCAGACUAUUUCAAGAAUAUGUAAUGGUUGGACUGAACUUUGUGGAAACGUGAGAUUGUUUUUUUUGUUGAUGGACUUAUGGAGUCUACAAAAUGGUGCCAGUAUCAUCUCUGAAAUGACUUUUAUCUAGUACUGUCAGAAACACUCCUUUAUGUCCAUAAGUGGCUUGUUUUUCCUCCUGAAUCUGGACCAAAAGAGCAAAUCAUGAUCGCUUCUGUUUUUAUUUCAUGUUGUGGUGGUCCAUUUCAUUUCACGUGUUAGAAUAUGUUGUUCUGAGAAUCAUAUUUAUUAACAAUCUUACAUGUGAUCAACAAAGUAGAUCAAGUGAUUUUAUUUUUGAUAUCAUUGUCAUUAUUUUCAGUAAUUGGAAGAUAAUGUAUUUGUGCAAUAACAUUUUUUUUUUCUUCAUUAGUAACCAGAAUUAAUGACUUUGUGGGGAGAUAACCAUAUUUUUCUAAAGAAAAAGAGCUGAGCUGUAUGUCUGACAGUGUUUCCAGUGUUUGCUGAUGUUUUUACACUGCGAAAAAUGUUUUUCUUGCUCAGUAUUUUUGUCUUGUUUUCCAGUACAGAUAUCUAAGCUUUCUUAAAUCAAGAUACAUUUACAGGAGACGCACAAUGACUGAAGAUAUUAAGUCUUGUUUACUGAAAAUUUGAGUUUGUGCUUGGAAAAAAAUAAAUGUCAGUGUUAAACUUCAAAAGGAAAACAAGAUUGUUUUUCUGAGCCCAUUGGCAGAUAUUUUUCCUUGUUUUAAGCACAAACUCACUUCAUUUUGAUCCAUUUUUUUCAGUAAACAAGACUUAAUAUCUUAAAUCAUUUUGCUUCUUCAGUAAAUGUAUCUUGAUUUAAGAACGUUUCGAUGUUUGUACUGGAAAACGAGACUAAAAUACAAACUAAGCCAAUCAUUUUUUGCAGUGUAGAGCUCUAGAAACUCUGCGAGGGCCAAAAACAUUCCAUUGCCACAAAAAAACAGUGUUAGUUGAAAAACUCUUGUAAGAAAUAUUAACACUCACAUUCAGUUUACAGAGUAAAUCUUCAGAUCCGGCCCGUUCUCAGAGUUUCAUGAAUUUUUAGCAAGCGUUGAAACAACAACAACAGCAAAACUCCUGCUGUUUUUAGAGAGAGAAAAAUCAAGCUCUGCAAUAGAACAAAAAGUUUUUGUACAUCAGGGAUAAAUAAAGAGAUUUUAACAUGAGAA